UAAAAACAUGGCGGGUCGAUCUGACAAUUUAGAAAAUUUAGUGCGACAAGUUGUAAACCAUCCCAGUUUUCAAGACGCCGUAAACAGUAUUAGUUCAACAAGCAGUGAAACAAGCCCUCAUGUAAAUAGAAGCGAAUCUAAUCCUGCUCCAUUGGAAGUUAUACCUCGCGUGUCUGUUGAUAAUCAGAAUAGCGAAAAUGGCAGCAGACGCACGCCGCGUGAAGAAUUCCAAUCGUUGUUUCGCAGAGCCGGGUCCUCCUUUCAGCAAAGCCCUGACCUUCCUCACUUCCAGCGAAGAACGAAUUGGGGCCCCUCGCCCUCGUCCCGAUCUCGAAGUAGGGAAAAGCCAUACAGCAGCAACAGCAAGGGUAAGAACGUGAAGAACACGGGUAAGAAAACAACAUUUACCCGCGAAGUUGUGCUUCUUCGUCGCCCAUGCGAUUCGAUGGUUCGAGGUGCGGCUAAAGCAGAGCUUCAACGCCUGGGACAUGUUUUGAACGCCUUUGAAUUUGAUAAGUUAUGGACUGCGGAUGAAGUGGUUAAGAAACUAGAAGAGGCUUUCGAGAGGCAUUUGAAUUGCAUCGAUAUAAACGUGGAUAAUAAGUCGAAGUUCAAGAUAAUGAUGGGCAUAGGAAAUGAAUUAGUUGAACCACAGUUAACAUCAGACCAAACUUUGACUGGUGAAAUGCUUAACAGAAUAUUUACUCAAAGAACCAUUUGGUUGCUUCCAUGUGUGCCUUUAACAACUUAUGAUGAUGAUGAUGAUGAUGAUGAUGAGGAAGAAACCGAGGUGACUGAAGUUGAUGAACCAAUUUAUCAUGAUUAUAAAUUAGGUGACAUACGAAAGUACACUGAAGAAUCUGAAGGGACAUCUUCAGAUACAAUAAGGACACAACACCAAGCAGAUUCACUUGAACCACUGAUGCCACCUGCUCCUACACUUGCGAAUCAACAACAUGGUGAAUGUAUCCCAGUGUCUUCUGUUGUGGAAGUGAAUUCUUUGAAGGAAAUGUUUCCAACUAUUAGCACUGAGAGCAUUACACAAGCUCUGCACAAAAAUAAUGGAGAUAUUCAGAAAGUUGUUAACAUUCUCCUUCGAGAUAAUGAUACAGCUGAUGAUGGAGAAAGUUCCAGUGACGAUUUCUUGGAAAAAUGUGCGUGGGAUACACCAUUAGAAGAAAAUUUUGCAAAAACAGCACUGCAAAAGUUUGUGGAAGAAGGUUUACAAACAUUCCAUGUGGAUAUGGAUGUGCAUGUGAAAAGAGACACUGACAUUCUUACUCAAAUGAUCAGAAAGUACAAGAAUCCAGCAUUCGACAUAAGAAAACCUCUCAAUGUCGAGUUUCAAGAUCAAUUUGGAGUAGAUAGUGGAGGGCCUACUAGAGAGUUAUUCUCCCUGUUGAUGAAGAGACUGGCUAAGUACCACUCCGAUGGUUUAAAUCUAUUUGAAGGCUUGCAAGGACAUUUAUUGCCCCGACAUGACUAUGAUCUGCUGUCAGGGGGUGUAUUUUUUUUAUUGGGAAAGAUGAUACUUCAUUCAGUAUUGAAUGGUUGCUGUGGUGUUGCAGGUUUAUCUCCUGCGGUUAUUGCAUACCUUUGUACAGGUAGACGUGAUGCUGCUGUUCAAUACCUCACACUCGAGGAUUUUCCAGAUCCUGUUGUGAAAAAUAACUUUGAAGAGCUCUUGUCUUGUAACAGUAGCAAAUUGGCAGAGUUCACCCUUCCAGACUCCCCAGUUUGUAUAAAUGAAGAACUUCAAGCAGCUGGCUAUGCACUUGGAAGUGAAUGA